GGGAAUUCAAAGUCGUAUAAAUUGAUUUUAUUUGUUCCCAUAGCCACAAGCUUUCUUCAUGGGAAUUUCUCUGACUGAGAAAAAUAGAUGCAGUCGGCAAUUCGACUGGUUAAGUUAAAACUGACCUCCUCUGGACUUUACAAGAUAUUGCCUCUCCCUCCGUUGCUCGUCUUCCACAAUCCAGCAACUUCUCAAGAUGUUAGGACUGACUAGAUUCAAUGUAACACCCUUUUUCUAUCCGUUUGGAAAUACGCCAGCCAUCAAUUUGUUACAGUCUCGGCGUCCUGCUUGCGAAAAUGAUGAUGCGGUGAGAGUAUUGUUGUUGGGUUGUGGCGACCCCAGAAACUUGCUGUUUACCUUGUGGUGCAAUAAAGGUAAGGCAUCAUAUCAUCUCAGGAUUUAUUUCAGAACAGACGCAGAUACUAAUGCUCUAUUCUGCAGAUGAACCGACAAAAUGGGAGUUUUUGUGCUGCGAUUCAGAAAGUGCAAUUCUUGGUAAGACAGCCCCCGCCAUCCUUUUUCCUUCCAGAUUCAAGCAUUGAUAAACUUUUGAUAUAGCACGCAAUAUCCUUCUCUUUUCUCUAAUCAUCGACAAUGAAUCUUCUACAUCAAUAUGGGACAUAUUUUACCAUUUCUACAUAACCAGCACCGACAAUGCCGUGCUGCAGAAGCAGAUUUGCAAACUUCUUCAACAAUCAACGAACUUGGAAAUAUGGUCAUCUUCAAGCUACGGUGCAUCAAUUUGUUUCAUGAACCAAGACACACUGGCCCAAGUUCGAGAAAUGUGGUCUCACUAUCUCAAGGUCGCGAAUUGGAAAUCGGAUUCCAGGGAAAGAGAUCACUUCGAAACAAAGUUUAAAUCAGAGGUCAAUUCAACCAUGAGAGAGCAAUAUGUUACAAAUGGAGAUAUCGGGAUUCAGGGUUUAUGUGGCCGGAAACAGUAUGCAUCUGCUCUUCGUUCAGCAGGUGGGAAUUGGGAAAGUGCCAUUCAAACCGUUGUCCAAGCCUUCGAUGGGUUUUGGGACCACGGUGUGAUCGCGGGGAAUUCGCAUGAUGUGGAAGCUUUGAAACAAGAUGGUCAGCUUGUAAAUCCGCUGAUGGCACUUACCUCUGCAGGAAACGAAUUUGCGAUCUCUUCGAGCUCGGAUCCUCUUUUGGGCUUUCGCCUCGCGAGCGCCUUCGAUGAUUUGAAUUCCUCUCAGGAGAAAUUGGCAGAAGCCGUUGUGAAAUUAGCUAAGUCUCAAUUUCAGGAGUGGUGCAAGAGUUUUGGGGAAAGGGUUCGUGAGAAGGUAAUAACCAUACGACUCUUUUGCGGCGAUGCUUUGAGAUUCUCUUAUGCGCUACAGAGCUUAGGAGGUGAUGAAUCCCCAGAGACAAAACUACUCAGUUUAUUUACCGCGGCAUGGCGUUCAACUCCAUUGGCUUUUGACAAUCCUGGUGCGACAACCGGCAUUCAUACAUUUGACGUCAUCGACACCAACAAUCUGGCUGAUCCUCUCGGUAUUCUGAAUCUGCUGCCUGCUAUAUCGCCAUUACUAUCUCGCAAGGCGACCUCAGUCAUGUUUACUGAGACGUUGUCUCUGUAUACCAAAGAUCCAGUUGACAUACUAUCUCAUAUCCUGUGUUGCGAUGUCACAACCAUCUCGCUACUUCUGGGGCUGGCACCAUCCGGUCACUUAUUUGGGUUUACCGCAUAUGCUGUUGGAUUGGAUGCUCAACGACAAUUUUCAGUCCAUCGGAAUAACAAUGAGAGUUAUCAUAUGCGAGUUGAGUGGAGAUAUCCAAAUUUAGAUGAUCCAGUCGGUAGAGAAUUGAUCUUUGAACCUAAUGAGCUUGCCCUUUUCUUCUUCAAGCUCUACCUGAGGAUGUUUGAAAUUGAGUCCAUGUCUCCAACCACUGGAAAAGAAAUACAUCGUCUAAGAUAUAAUCGCCUAAGUUUUUCCGCUCUUGUUUGCCUAGCGAAAGGUUGUAUCAAGGAUGAUCAGCUGUCAACUUUUGGGGACUGUCUUCUUAGACAUAUCGAAGAGGAGGAUAGUUUACGUGUCGGUGGCCUCCAACUUCUUGAGUUAUCUUUACACUUUUACCAACUAGGUAUUUGUUCUCGGCCCUCUUUACUGGAAAUACCUUAUCAAAUCACGCUCGCAAACCAGAAAGACUUCAAAUAUGGACCGCUGAGUUUACGAAAUCAAGAAGCUAAUAUCAAUCUACUUGAUCACAAUGAAUUUCCUCGUCUGGUUUGGAUUUCUCUGAGUGUUCCACGCGAGGUCUUUGAAGCAUUGAAGAUCGAUAACGAAUAUGCCACGGUUGGGCUACAAAUCAAAAUUCGGCAUACGAAAAAUAAGACCGAGGCCCUUUUCAUGUCUCUUCAAUGUUUUUUUGGUAGUCUGGUUCAACGAACUGAUGAUAGUGAUGCUUACAAUGCCAUUGAAGAUCAACAGGGAUUGAAGGGUUCGUCAAACUUAAUUGUGACAUGUGCUGUACCCUCCUUGGUAUUGAUGAUAGAUUUCAGAAAAUCCACACGAAUAGAGUUAACAUGUUUAGGCAACGGAUUGAGUGCGAAUUAUAUGUACGGCAGGGCUAUAUGUAGUUAUAGCCUUGAUGAGGAUAACGUUUUGAUUCUACAAGCGCCACCAGGUGUCAGAUUGCAAUCCUAUGCAACAGAUCAUAAAAUCAUCCUACGCGCGCCUUCUGCUUCUAAAAGGCCUUGCUUUUUCCGAUUAAAAGACGGCGUUUCAGUUGAGACCACAGAGAUUCAAAAGAGUUUUGAGCAUUUGGAAACUGAAAAUGCCGUCAGAGCCCGCCAAAUAUCUCCUUGCACCAUUUCCGAGAGAUUCAACGACUUCGAAAUCGGCCAGAUCCAAUUCCCAUAUCCGAUUUUGCUCCAAGAAGCCAAAGUCGAUAAUUCGAACAAGGUUAAAACAUUGGUUGCGAAGCCUAGUUUAGCUUUAGAUAAUACGGGUUACACAUUGAAUCCAUUUCCAGUUGUGCUGGAUGGCUCAGACGCUUACCCCCUCACGCUUCCCAAAGUAAACAUAAAUCAGCAGCCAAUCAUAUCUGUAACUGGCCGCGAAACUGGAGAAUGGGUUUCGAAUCUCAUGCAUAGCAUGUUCUGUACACGAGAACGCUCGUACUGGCGCAGAUCUGAUAUUGUGCUCAAAGGAGAUGUUCCUGCUCUAUUCUCGAUCAAAAGCUACAUCCACAACAUUGCGGUUUCCUUUGUUCAGCCAUCUUCUCUGGGUCGAAAGCAGACGUUCUUGCUUAAAACUGGUGCCCCGCGCAAUAUCUCAAUGAUAAUCUUUGUCUCCGCUUUACGACAUAAUAUUGAUCAGAGCUCGGUUGUUCUGGAUGCAUAUUUGCUUCCGCUCACUGCCGAAUCCUCCUCAAUCACCCCUGUAAUCGAGAAACUACUAGCUCAUAAAGCCACUCAGCCAAUUUCUUACAGUAUGAGAGAAGUAGAUGAGCAACUAAUGAGACGAAUGCUUCCUGCAACCGUAGAAGCAUGUCGAAAGGGCUGGGACCACGGUACAGGCUGCAAAUACCGUCAAUAUGGCUCAGUAUCCGUGUAUACCGAAUCAAAUCAGUUGCCAAUCUGCACAUGCGGGGAAGGAAAAGAUUCAGAAGGCUUUCCGCGUGUUGAAGGAUGGAAAAAGCUUAGUAGACAUGCGACGAGAAUUGCUCUUAUGCCGCUAUCGACGGUGGAUUAUGUUGAAGCUCAUUAUUCACAGGAAGAGCAUGAUAAAUAUGAGAAAGGAAUGCUUUCAAUGUCGACCUCGCCAAAUUUUCGCAUGGAUGAAUUAGCACGGGCGUUAGUUGAUCAGAUGGAUGUAGUUGACCCCAGAGGGUGUAAAAGAUGUGGUAAUAUUCCUCAGGGAUAUACGGUGCACAAGCAGUGCGCGAGGUGUAGAGGAGUGAGAUAUUUUGGCCCAGCAUGUCAGAAGGAAGACUGGAAAGAACACAAGAAAGUAUGUAAGAUGGCAGCAGCUAGAAGUUAAGUCAUAUUCUGUUUUUUCAAUUGAUGACUGUCAGAUUUUGGCUUUAAUCAUUACAUUUUUCUUGAGUGAAUCGAAAGUUUUCCAAUAACCGUCCUCGGUGUAAAUUAGACUCCUACAUAUAUCCUCUAAAAAACUGAUCGCUAUUUAUCAAUUCUGUCGUUCAUGCAAUAUUUCGCUUUUUCCUAUUUCUCCAAAUCCUUAUUUCCGACCCUGAAGUCUGCAUUUGAUGAACUUUGAUUGACCACGGUAGAAGAACUUGGCAAUAUCGAUGAUGAUGAUGAUGAUGAUGAUGAUGAUGAUGAUGAUGAUGAUGAUGAUGAUGAUGAUGACGAUGAAGACAGAGAUAGAGACAGCAUUCGAGAAUCUUCCAGCGAGGAAGAGGGUUUUGGUUGCAGAUUGACCGAAGAUGGAUAUGGCAACGAUGAUUGUGACAAUGACACAGAUAUCUCUCUUACACCACCACUAUACACUCUCCCAAAUAUCUCAAUCCCCUCUGGGUGAAGCAUCCACAGCCCCACAAUAUCAGACAAACAUCCGCACACAAGGAUCCCUAUUUCCACACACAUUGCAAUAUAAUAGCGCAUAGUCAGUUGGUCA